AUGGCAACAAGUACAACUCGAAAAACAACGUCUGAAGAAUGGGUAGAGAUCUCAAAGACUUGUAUUGUAUUGUUUCCAUUUAAUGCGUCUCACAAAUUCCAAUUACCAUUGUCAGUUGGAGAUUUGGUACAUAUACACGCACAAACAGCCGAUAGCAGCAACAGCAGCAAUGGAAAUAGCGACUCUUCUGCACCAACCUCACCAUCAUUGACAAAUGCAGCAGCAAGUGGAGGAUGGUACAGUGGUGUUUCUGUCAAUACGCAGGAAAGUGGAAUCUUUCCUCAAUCAUAUGUUGUAAUAUUACCUGAAAAUACAAAUACCGAAGAUUCCUCCAUUUCACAAGCAUCAACUCCAAUUAGUACUAAAUUAUCACUAACGAAUCAAGAAAUGACAAAUUCUUCAUUACUCAAUGAGGUUACAUCAACUAUAGUCGAAUGGGCAACAUUAUUAAAAAUAUUUUCCCAAAACAAACAACAUAAUGAUUUUAAGAUUCUAUCACAAAGAAUUACUUGUCUAAUUCAAUUUAAAAAUCAAUUAUUGGCUUUUAAAUCUCCAAAAGAAAUUACAUUUGAAUUAAGAGACAAAAUAUUAGGAGUGAUUGAUGAAGGCAGACAAGAGACUGGAAUGUCAAUUGUAUUAAGAAAGGAAAUGUCAAAUAUCCAUACAUAUUAUAAUUCAAAUUCGAGAAAUACAACCAAUACCAUUUUACCAACAAGUACCGCUACUGAUUUGGUAUUAGCCGAUGCAGAAAAUUCUGGUGUAUUUAAUUUAUGUACAAUGUAUCAAGAAAGAAAAUAUUUAGCAGUACAAGAAAAUAUUAAAAUUUUAGAAAGUUUAAAAAAUGAUCAAUCAUCAUUAAAUGGUAGUGGUGGAAAUAUAAAUAAUGGUCAAAAUGGUGGUGGUGGUGGUGGUGGAUCAAUGUCUAAUCUAUCACCAAGCACCAGUUCAGGAAAUAUAGGAAUUAUUAGUGGAGGUGGAAGUAGCACGUCGUUGAGAGAGUCGGGUGAGAAGGGAACACCGGCCAACACAUCUAAUACGGCACCGGUUGCGAUCAGCUCCUCACCCGUAGGAUCACCGUCAUCCAACAAAUCAUCGGGUGGCGGUGAAAAAGUAUCAAAGUUUUCAAGUUCAAUGAAUUUACUCAAUAGUGUUAGAAUCAAAGGUAAAUCUUCACUUGGAUCAAGUGGUAGUAUUCUACCUUCUUUGUCGUCAUCAUCGUCAUCAAAUGGAUCAUCUCCAUCUUCCUCUGCUAUUUUAUCUUCAUCAUCAUCAAAUUCUAGUAGUAAUUUAAAUAUUAAUGGGAAUAAUACUACAUCAUCAACUCAAUCAUUAUCAAACUCUACGAUAUCAGUUACAUCUAAUCCACAAGCAUCAUCACUUACAUUGAAUGGACAGAAUGGAUCACAGUCAACGUCAUCACUCAACCUUAACUCUCCGUUGCAGCCAAUUGGCGCGUCCAAGAAAUUGCAGGCGUCGAACAACCCGUUGAAGGGGUCGACUGGUAUGGGCGGCCCGGGCAUCAUGAAAAAGCAGGGGUCGUUCUUGUCCAACCCCGCAUCGGGUGCGAAUAACCAGCCAUCGACCAGCGCUGGCUCGUCAUCGGCUGCGUCGGAUUCGUCCAACAAGCCAUUACACACAUCGUCACAGCUGCUCGUGUCAGUCAACAACUUUUUGUACUCGUCGGGCGAGUUUUUGGAGAUGAUCUUUACAUUGUACAACAAGACAGAGAAUCGAUUCGUGACAGAGAGUUACAGUGGGUUGAUUCCGCCAACUGGUUUGUUUGUCGAGCCAGAGAAUCCAAACGAAAAGAUUCGCACCAUUUUCAAAGACCUUGACUCGCGUGACUUGCAGGGAGAGUUGUAUUUGGUGACACGUAUCUACCGUCGCACGUCGUCGUUGUCGUCCAAAGACCCCAACUCGUCGCCGACAUUGUCGCGUAGCAGUGCGACGGCCGGCUCGCAGCACAACGCGAUGCCACCCACGCCAGCAGCCGCACACAAGUUGUUUAAAAAGUUUAUUGGGUGCGGUGUCAAGAGGAUCGACUUGUCGGCGCAGCAAGAGUCGGCGUUCGAGGUGUUGAUCACGUUGUACACGUCGUCCAACGAGGCCAUGUUCCACAACCUGCACGAGCAGAUCAUCCAGGAGAACACUGGCAGCUACGAGUUGAUCACCCGUGCCAAGGGUGUCGUUUUCACAGUUCAACAUUAUUUGGGAGAGUACUCUCACUUUUUAAACGAGAAUAUAGCGAUGCGAAACGUUAGCAUUUCUCAAAAGAUGUGUCUUCCCGAGGUCAUCUUACCAGGGUACGACAGAAAUGACAUGUAUGUUCAGAUUGAAGAGGGAGAGUUUUCAGACAAGAACGUCGAGGUUGGUAUGUUGAUCAAAAACGAGAGUGGUAUGACUAUGAACGACACGAUCAAGUUUGCCAACGGCCAGCAAGAGAUAUCCGAGUACCGCACACCCGUGCUUGUGUCGGGAUCAAGUGGCAAGUGGGGAGAAACAGUCCGCGUGUGGAUGGCAUCAAAGUCGUAUGAAAAGUCACACCUCUUCUUUUUGGUGCGUCAGUGCUCCGAGAAAAAGGACAAGGAACGUGCACCGUUGGCAUUUGGAUACCUCAAGUUUAUCGGCGACGACGGUGCUAUCAUCAAAGACGGCGUGCACACAAUCCAGUUGUACAAAGUGUCGUCUGACGACGUGCCCAUCGCCACCUACAUCAACGGCGUCAACGAGACGGGUGGCAAAAAGGACAAAAAGGGUACCAGCGACGUCAUCCGUAUCCGCACAACCUUUGUGUCGACAUGUCUCACCCAAAACCAUUUGGUGGUCAACUUGGCACGCUGGCAGUCGUUCCAGGGCGACUUGAGCAGUUUAGUCAAGGACAUCACCUUCCUUGGGUCACACGAACUCGUUCGUAACCUGCAAGAGAUCUUUUUCAACUUUUUGUCGAUUCUCGACCAGCAACUCAACGACUCUCCGCUCUCGAUGGAGAUCUUCCGCAGCUUUAUCUUUAUCAUUGGUGUGUUGGUCGACUCGCGUACCACCAACUACCGUCCGGCACUCGAUACCUAUGUCAGCAAGUUUUUCGGUAUCCCCACGAGUUUGAGUGGCCAGCCAUCGGGCAUGUCUGCACACUCCCACCUCUUGCGAUCGGUUGUCAAGAACCUCGAUAACUUCCAAGACCCGUCCAACGCAUCGCGUAUCUCGUCCUCACUCAAAGCACUCGAAUACAUAUUCAAGAUGGUUGUUGCUAGCAAGACCAAGUUCCCCAACAAGGACACGGCCAAUGCCAACGACACGUACCAAAAGAAUCUUAAAAAUGUAGUGGAUAUUCUAUGCGAGAUUAUGCUGAGCAAUGCGCCAUCGCUCAUUGGUGCACAGACCAUCGCACUCAAAAACUUUGAAGGUAUGUUUUCGGAUCUCAAACGAUUCUUUACGAUUGAAGAGAUGGCUAUUAUCGCCGUCAAGUUUAUGCGAUCCAUUCAACACCUUGAAAAGAACAAGACGUUCAACUUGCUCAAACUCAAGUUACUCUCAAGCUACCUCCACGGCCAACUCAUGCUCAACAAGGACACGCGUAAGCAACUUCACCCUAUCGUCUUUCAAACACUCCAAUUCCACUUUGGCAAGUCGGUUGAAGAGACUGACAUGUGUCUCACCAUCCUCGGUCUCAUUGUCGAUAUUAUGAUUACAAAGAGUGAGAUGCGCGGUCGUGAUAAAGACGAGUGGUUGCUCGAGAUGAUGUCAUUCUUUACACCUAUUCUCGAACUACUCCAACUCAUCAACUUUGUCAUUGCCUCAUCGUCCCAACCUAUAAAGUCGCGUAGAUCGUCGUCGGCUGCGUCUCUCAAUGGUGCAUCCCCGUCGCUAUCCUUGUCGGCACUUGUCUCGAUCAUGUCAGAGGACCAACUCUACGACUUGCGUCUCAAAAUCUAUGCCUUUAUCCUUGGCACAUCGCGUUUGGCCGGUGUACACAACUGGGAGAUGUUUUCCCGUUCCGUCCAAUCCAACAAGACAUUCUUUGUCGACCUCUACGAGAGUCUGCAACACCUCUUUAUCUCUCCCAAGUUCCCAACCGAUUUCUGGACAUUUACAGUGUUUCAACUCAAAACUAUACUACGUAUGACUCGUAUCUUGGAAGAUGUUACAUUUUAUUCGAGUAAAGAGCCAAGCAAGGGAUCAACGUCCUAUGACUUUGGUAUGUGGCGUGCCUUUUUCAUGCUCACUACAUCCUACCUCAACUGCAAGGAUCUACAACUUGAAUCGGUCAACCCUGCCAAAGCCAUCUUUCUCAAGACUCGUUGUGGAGAUGUCCGUAUCGAGAUGGCACGUGUAUUUGAGCGUGUGUGGACGACCGUCCCCAUCAAGGAGCGUGCAGCCUUUAUUCCAGUGCUGAUUGAUCCAAUCAUGAAACUGUCGAUAUCCGAUACGAUGGAUGCCAAACGUGUGGCCACCAAGAUCUACUAUGACAUGCUAGAGAGUGAGGUGUUGCAGACGGGUGGAUACAGCGACUUGAUGACACGCACGAUUGACUCGUUGCUCGAGAUUGGCACGGGUGUCAGCGACGGCAUGACAUGGCCGACUAUUGGCGCGGGCUCGGUUGACGGCAAGCUGCCGUUCACCAUGAAGACCUUCCAAACAUUCUUUUACGUGCAGUGGUGGCGACGAGGAGGAGAUCUUUGGGUCGGUGGCCAAGCUUAUCUACUACCUGCAAGAGACCAAGCGCUACAACCACUUUAUCCGCUUUGUCCAUAUGUGCAGCAAGCGUCACUUUUCCAACGGCAACUUUGUCGAGGCCGGUGUCACGGUGAUGCUGCACGCGUCGCUCUACCAGUGGGACCACAACAAGGUCAUCAACAGCAUCAACAACGAGUACGGCUCAUUCCACGUGCAAAAGGAGUCAGAACGCAAGGAACUGCUAUACAAAGAGAUCCUCGCCUGCUUUAA